GCUGCAGUCACUCCCUGUGCUCUGAGUCUCAGAGGUGAUGGCAAAGGGCUGCAGGUGCCCCUUCAGUAAACAAGGCUCUCCCCAGCUUCUCCAAAGCCGCAGGCAGCUUGGCAGAGGGCAAGAGUGACUCUGGGGUCAUCGGUGAAGAUAUGACCCUGUCGGAGCUGUCUGGCUGUGCAGAGUGAUGAACUGGUAGCAGGCAGCAUCUCUUGCUGACUCUGGAUGCGCAUUAGAACCCUUCCUGUUCGCUUCUGAAGGAGCAUGGUGUAAGCACUCAGCAGUUACAGUGGAGGAGGUGUCCCCCACCCUUGAACAAAAGGUCGGACUCUGAGGAUGAAACCUUAAGGUGGUUAGGUCCCAGAACAGGGAAGUGCACAGUCACCUUGGAGGGUCCAAGGGCUCCUAGCUUGAGUAUUAGGGAUGCAAGGUAUUAUAGGAUCCAGAAGAAGAAUGUGGAUGCAGGAGUGGUGGCAGCCAUGGCACUUAGAACUGUGGAAGUGGCUUUGUCAGAGUGCCCUGGGAGAAGCUGGGACGGUGCCGGAGCGUGAAGGAGUUUGAGAAGCUGAACCGCAUUGGGGAAGGCACCUACGGCAUUGUGUACAGGGCCCGGGAUACCCAAACGGAUGAGAUUGUUGCCCUGAAGAAAGUGCGGAUGGACAAGGAGAAGGAUGGUGAGCACGGAGGGGCCGCCGGACCACUCUGAGCUCACGUGGGAGGGGGAGGAAGGGGUCCCCAUCAGCAGCCUUCGAGAGAUCACGCUUCUCCUUCGCCUCCGCCAUCCGAACAUCGUGGAGCUGAAGGAGGUGGUUGUGGGGAACCACCUGGAGAGCAUCUUCCUGGUGAUGGGUUACUGUGAGCAGGACCUGGCCAGCCUUCUGGAGAACAUGCCAACACCCUUCUCUGAGGCGCAGGUCAAGUGCAUCGUGCUGCAGGUGCUCCGGGGCCUCCAGUACUUGCACCGGAACUUCAUCAUCCACAGGGAUCUGAAGGUCUCCAACUUGCUCAUGACGGAUAAGGGCUGCGUGAAGACAGCGGAUUUCGGCCUGGCCCGGGCCUAUGGCAUCCCGCUGAAGCCAAUGACCCCCAAGGUGGUCACCCUCUGGUACCGAGCCCCUGAACUGCUGCUGGGGACCACCACGCAGACCACCAGCAUCGACAUGUGGGCCGUGGGCUGCAUCCUGGCCGAGCUGCUGGCCCAUAAGCCCCUUCUGCCCGGCGCUUCCGAGAUCCACCAGGUGGACCUGAUCGUACAGCUGCUGGGGACACCCAGUGAGAACAUCUGGCCGGGCUUCUCCCAGCUGCCACUGGUGAGCCAGUACAGUCUGAGGAAGCAGCCCUACAACAACCUGAAGCACAAGUUCCCGUGGCUCUCGGAGGCCGGCCUGCGCCUGCUGAACCUUCUCUUCAUGUACGACCCCAAGAAAAGGGCGACGGCCGGCGACUGCCUGGAGAGCUCCUACUUCAAGGAGAAGCCCCUGCGUGAGUCUCCCCCACCCCCUGGCCGGCGCUUGGCUGGGGGUCCCUGUCCGUGCCGGGGCCGCUGUUGGGCAGGUGGGCAGUGGGGCCCGAGCAGGCACGGGCUGCUCGUGCCGCAGGAACCGUGUGCAGGGCCAGGAGGGGAGCAGAGGGAGGCGUGGGGGGCCCUUCCCACCCGGCGCUGAGCAGCCCCCUCCCUGCAGCCUGCGAGCCGGAGCUCAUGCCCACUUUCCCCCACCACCGCAACAAGCGUGCUGCCCCGGCCACAUCCUCAGGCGCUGAGAGCCAGAGCCGGCGCUGCAAGCCCUGAGGGCGGGGGCCCCUGCGGCCCGGCCUGUCCCUCGGCCAGGACCGACCAGCUGCUCCAGCUGACUGCACCGCUUCCUGCACCUCUGCCCACCGCUGCCCCAGAACGGCAGCGUGUGGACAUGGGGGAUGCCGGUGGGUGCGUCCUGCAGGCCCAGACACCCUGCCGGGCGCCACCUGGUGGCUCUGUCAUCUCAUGGCUCUGCCAUCUGGUGGCUGGGCUGGGUCCACCUGUUGCCAAGCCCUCAGACCCUCACUUCCCAGGAGGAAAUUUGGCUGGGCCCAUCUCAGGAGGUGUCUCUGGCUUGGGAUGAGCAGACCCCACGUGGUCACUUUUGUCCCCACUUGAUCCCCAGGGUCGGCCUAGGAAGGGAGAGGCUACAGUGACCCCCCCCGCUGGGGCUGCAGGACUCAGAGUGGGAAGGAGGGGUGGGGUGUGGGGUGCCGCCAGCUUGGUGGACUAGAGUCUGGGCAGCUCUGAGCCCACCAGAGGGACAGCCCCUGGGUUGGGGGCUGUGCCCUGUGCCCACUCCCCACUGAGGCUCCUGGGGAGGGACAUGGUUGGGCCUCGGAGAGAUAAACGCUUUCCUCACAGACA